CUGAUUCCUUUGGACAUUUUAUCUUGCUCUCUAACCUCUUAGAGACCGGGGAGUAGCCCCUUUUGCAACAAUUCCUGGUGAGUGAUUCUUGCACACAUCAGCCAACAGGUUGAUAGCUGUUUUUGCCGGUCAGCAGAUAAAAUCACCUGUGUUUGUGUCACUGCAUUACACUCCCAUUUCUACUGAACCUGAUAAAUAACACGAAAAAAACAUUAAUAUUUUAAUGUAAAACUAUUGCAACACUUCACAAUGCAUUUUCUAAGAUCUGUGAGUUUUCCUGCCCUGACACAUGAUAACAGAAAAGCCUGCGAGCUGUGCUGUGAUACACACCCAUCUUACAUGACCACGCCUCAUGACUCAUGUGAGACAAACCAGGAACCAGGAUGCUAUUGUUCCUUAGUAAACAGAGAUGCACAGACGGUCAGACCGAACUAGCAGCUUCCACUGAGAAAGUCCAGCUACAGGGAAAAAAGUGGAAAACUCCAACACUGCUGCUGACGCUCCACACACUGAAUCUUCACUCACAAACUCAAUGGCUUCCAGAUCAGAGGAGGAUCUCUGCUGUCCGGUCUGUCAGGAGGUCUUUAUGGAUCCAGUUCUUCUGUCAUGUAGCCACAGCUUCUGUAAAGACUGUCUGAAAAGAUGGUGGAGGGAGAGAGUAAAACAUGAAUGUCCAGUGUGUAAGAGGAGAUCUUCAAGGGAAGAACCAACAUUAAAUCUGGCUUUAAAGAAUCUGUGUGAGUUGUUCUUACAGGAGAGAGAUCAAACAGUGUCAAAGUCUCUCUGCAGUCUGCACUCUGAGAAACUCAAACUCUUCUGUCUGGACCAUCAGCAGCCAGUGUGUGUCGUCUGCAGAGACUCAGAAAAACACACCAACCACAGAUUCAGACCCAUCGAUGAAGCUGCACAACAACACAAGAAGGAACUUCAGGAAACUCUGGAGCCCUUAAAGAAGAAGUUAAAGAUUUGUGAAGAAGUUCAAGUGAAGUUUGAUCAAACAGCAAAACACAUUAAGGUCCAGGCCCGACACACAGAGAGGCAGAUUAAGGAGCAGUUUAAGAAGUUUCACCAGUUUCUAGCAGAGGAAGAGGAGGCCAGGCUGACUGCACUGAGGGAGGAAGAGGAGCAGAAGAGUGGGAUGAUGAAGGAGAAGAUGGAGGCUCUGAGCAGAGAGAUAGCAGCUUUUUCAGACACAGUCAGAGCCACAGAGGAGGAGCUGAGAGCUGAGGACAUCUCAUUUCUGCACAACUACAAGGCUGCAGUGGAAAGAGUUCAGCGCUGCCCCCUGCUGGAUGAUCCACAGCUGCCCUCAGGAGCUCUGAUAGACCAGGCCAAACACCUGGGCAACCUGACCUUCAACAUCUGGAACAACAUGAAGGACAUGGUCUCCUACACUCCUCUCAUUCUGGACCCAAACACUGCUCAUCCACAACUCACCCUGUCUGAUGAUCUGACCAGUGUGAGACGAGGAGAAGAGAGGCAGCAGUUUCCUGAUAAUCCAGAGAGGUUUGAUUUUUUCUGGUCUGUCCUGGGCUCUGAGGGCUUUAACUCAGGGACUCACAGCUGGGAUGUCGAGGUUGGAGACAAUACGUACUGGGGACUGGGUGUGUUAGCAGAGUCUGAUGAGAGGAAAGGAACCACACUGUCUGGAUUAUGGAGAAUAAGAUUCAAUUCCGGUGAAUACUCAGCACUGUCACCAUCAGCUCCAUCCACUGUUCUCUCAGAACAGAAGACGUUUCAGAGGAUCAGAGUGAACCUGGACUGGAACAAAGGGAAGCUGUCGUUCUCUGAUCCUGAUACUAACACACAUAUACACACCUUCACACACACUUUUACUCAUAAGAUGUUUCCUUAUAUUGGCACUCUGGAUGAAAAAUUGAAGGUGUUGCCUUUGAAAGUGUCAGUGGAGCAGAUAAGUUCAGGAUGAUUAUAUUUCUAAUGCUUGCUGUUAGUGAAUAGAACCUUUUAAACAGCAGCUGUCCUCCUGCUGCCUCGUUGUUCCAACGCUCUUUGUUUGUCUUAUUUCUCACCAUUUCAGUUUCUGCUGUCGACCCUUUCACAAUCAUUUCACUGUUUCUCAGUGACUCCCAAAACUUGAUUUGAAAUUCUACCAUGUUUCAGAUCACAGAUCGCAAAGCCAAAAACAAACAAACAAAAAACAGUCUAGAAGAAAACAUAAGUAACUUUUCUAAAAUAAAGAUCCAAAAAAUAUAAAUCUUUUAAUUUUGCCCUUAUCUUAAACAGGAGAAUGUUUUUAAGGCUUCUCAUCUCAACAGCUACCAGUUCAAUUAAUGACAUUUACAAAAUAUAUGAGACCGCAGGAGGUACUAGUUAAAUAGGAGAGCUGUAGACAUGCAGACAGCUCAUAAGGUUUAAUGUUAAUGCAAGAAACAUAUAUUUCCAUAUAUGUAAAAAUAGCACCAUAAGGUAGGCAGUUACAAGAAAAACUAUGAUCAAACAAACUGUGCUGCAUAACAGUACGCAAAAGAGUGGUGGCAGAGUACGCUACAAGCUUCCCACAGGAAUGACACAAUGCUUUCCCCUAAAUUGUAAACAUAGCUUUAAACAUGACACUCCACUGAGACUUAGCUCUCCAACAGAAGGCUAUGAAACUCGCAGCAAGCUGUCUUUUAAGAAGAUUUAAAAAUGGCCAAAUGUCACUGCUUGCACCAGGCAAUCACAUGGCUUCAGAUUCACACAAGUGAGACAUACUCUUCUUUGUCUUGGAUUUUAUUAGUGGUUGGCAAACAACAAAUUGGUGCAUUACCACCAACAACUGGUAUGGAGCGUGUACCAGAAUGUCACUUAAGCAUUAGAGCCUAUCAUACAAAUGGGUUUAUAUAAGGAAACUAAAUACUGCCUAAUUUUACUUUUUGAGUUUUUUCAAAGGAGAUCACUUAAGUCUAGUUUCAGUUUAAUUAGGUUUUGAAUUAGAUGUCUUUGUUUUUCCUCAUAAUCCUGACAGUGUAAUAUGACAUGCUGUACUGUGUCAUCAUCUCCACAGUACUCACUUUUCCCAUUACAGUGUUUCCCUGAAAUGAACAGUUUGCUAUUUAGCCCAGUGUGACCAAAUCUGAGACGUGAAGUGAUUGUUUCUUCUCUUCUCCUCCUCCCUGUACUUUUCAUUUCUCCAGUUUUCCAUUAGAUUUUAUAAAACCAUCAUCCUUGCUUUUCUUUCUCCCAUUGUUUUUGCCAUCUUUCCUUCAUUUUCUGUAUUUUUUAAAUUUCUGUUUUAGUAAAGCUGAUCCUUAAUUCCAUUAAUCUUCCCCCAGUGCCUCCUUUGCAAAAUUUUCUGCCAUUUCCUUUCCCUUGACACCGUAAUGUGCUGAAUAAAUAUAUAAUAAAGAAUAAAGUUACAU